GAAAAACACUACAUUUUCAUAAUUAUUGUUCCGUCACUGUUCCGUGUUCUUUACCGAUUGUCGUUACCUAGUUUUUGUCAUUUGUUGAAAUUGUUAACUUUUUAAAGUUUUAUAAAUAAGACUAUAUUGUAAUACAAUGCCAAAGAAUAAGAAACAAAAAGACGAUAGUUCAAGUAGCGAUAGUGAUGAAGGUCCAGUAGAUAGGAAUCCUCCGCCAGAAAAGAAGGCAAAGACCAGUUCACGGACGGAUGACAAAGAACCUACUUGGGUGCUUCAAGGCAAAAAAUUAGUUAAAGUGAGAGAAUUUAAAGGAAAAGUAUAUGUUGAUAUCAGAGAAUUUUAUGAGAAGAAUGGAGAACUGUUACCUGGCAAGAAAGGCAUUUCCUUGCAGCCUGAUCAGUGGAGGAAGUUAUUGUCAUUAGGCGAUGAAAUAAAUGAUACAAUCAGUUCCAUGUGUUAAGAUGUUCAUUUUGUUACAAGUUAAAUAAAUCUUUAAAAUAAAA